GGCCCACACCCUUUCUAGGACGUACUCGCGCAAGACUUGUCCUCGAUAUACCCGCGAAGCUGGAAUCGAGUGCAACUAUCUUCCAGAAUGGCAGAUGUGAACACGGUACGCAGAGAGCUCGGACUGCCAUUUCUUCAGUUGCGCAAGCAAUGCCUCCGCGCGGCGCUAACCCCUGCCCCCGCGACUCGCAGAGCAACGGCGCCGAUGCGCUCGAGGAAACCCUCAGCCGACUAUCCAAGAAGCCCGGCGUGAAAGCGACGAUUGCCCUUGAUCGAGCCUCGGGAACAAUUCUCAAGACGGCGGGCCACAUAUCGUCGUUGCGAACAUCUUCCCAACAACAAGACCCGCAGUCGUCAACGGCUGCCGCCACCGCCAGCUCGCUUUCCGCGUCUACCACAGAUGUCCCAGCCUCGUCUGGAAGCGCUGCGGCAGCUGGCACGGGCAGCGAGACGCAAGGAGCCGAAGAACUGGCGUCGAUGGUAUGGGCAUUUGUGAAUUCGGCCGGCGGUCUGGUGCAUGGCCUCGAUACGGAGGAUGAGUUGAAGCUGCUUCGAGUGCGCACCAAGAAGCAGGAGCUCGUUAUCGUCCCCGACGCGAAAUACCUGCUGAUCGUAAUACAUGAGACUCCGGCGGCUUGAGCGGACGGUUAGCCAGGUCGCCGACACGGCGGCCCUUUCAUUGAUGCGAGAUCGCAGGAGGGCCACAACGCGUCUCCCUUGGCUGAGAUGUCACUUGAGACACACCGCUCAUUCAAGCUGAAUCACCCACUUAUGUGAGGACCACAGUCAAGUACCGACAGGACCGCACAGAGAACGAGCAUAUACGUCCCAGUGGCCGCCGUUGCGUGCAUUGCAUGCAAUGCGUAGACAAGAUUUCGGCACAGAUUCUGCAGGUCGAACGUCUGAUGUGACUGUAGAUCUGAUAAAUCUCGGAUCAUAUAUUUGGACGUGCCUAGCCGCACAGCUCAUCACAACCGGUGGCAGCCGGCAUGGUGUGCAUGCCGCAUAUAGCACGGAGGGUACGUAAGGAACAUAAGUGUGCAGAGGCAGAACCUCGACGAGAGCGACAGCUGUUUCAGAUCGAUGGAACGACGGCGAGUAUUGUUGAGAAACAAGCAAAUUGCCGACCUCGCAGGUAACACACGCUUAUUGGCUUCCGACUUGCACCUGGCUGCAUCAAUGCCAUACGCUCUGCGAGCACGCAGUUGGUUGUUCAGAUGGGCUGGGUAUUGUCAACCAGGAGGCCUUGCAGGGUAGUAAAGCUUGACCCUGGAUGAUUGACUGUCGGGUCGGGUGUUGGCAAGUGAUUGCUAGUGGAGCACUUGUGAACGCCAUGUACGGGGUACAGUGGUGAAGUGGAUUUAUGCCAAUUGGCUGCUGGCAUACAGACCACCUGGCCAAAAGAAGAGAAUCCCUAAUCUCUAAUUACCUAGGUAGCUAUACAUAACAGCUUAUAAGCCUAUAUUAUUAUUUUCCUACUAUAUCUAUCU